CAAUGCCAGUGGUGCAGCUUCAGUGCAGGCAGGGAGGAGUUAAUCCCGUCCUGGGGCGCUGUCUGCACCGGGGUUAGGUCGGCUUGCUCUGGGGAGUGGAUUUUUCACAGCACUAAGCAACCUGUCGCUCUGACUUCUCAGUGUAGCCCAGGCCUGGUGUUGCAGAGUUGUGUGUAUGUUCUCUAGUGGGGGAGGUGCUAAUGUAAUUCCUCCUUUAUCAGCCCUUCGAAGCCAACUCCAAAUCCAGUUUGCGCCCAGGCAGUAGCUCAAACUGGAUUCUUCACUGACCAACAGACACAGAAUUUGUGGAUAAAUUGCCUUGUUUUAAACUGGUUCAAGGCCUUUUUCCUGAUCCAGCCAAUGGACAGGCCCCGGUCCAGAGAGGGCCCCAAUCCUUUGGGUAUGGGGAAAGGCCGAUAGGCUGGGUGGCUGCUGAGCUGAAGCCGGGCUGAACUUGUGACCACAGAGGAGACCCUUGGCAGGGGGUGAAGGGCGCGUCGGUUCUUGGGGUGUCGUGCGGUGACCUGCGAAGGAAAGCUGGGGCCCCCUCGCUGCCGACAGUUGCUCUGUGCCCGGCAGCCUGUCGCUGGGAAUCGCAGGGCCCCGGACAACCUGCGCAGGCGGGGGAGAUGCGGGUCUCGCCCACGAAACGCAGCUGCUGGGAGCUGCUGAGGGGAAACACAGGAGCCGUUGGCCCUGACUCUCCAGGGAAACGCAGCAUGGAGGCCUCACCCCUGUUCUUCUGUUCUAGGCCAGUGGGAGCUGCCCGGAGAGACGGCCGGGUUCCCGGCAGCCGCGCCAUGUUUGACGAAGUGGGGUGGAACAAGGAGGAUGGCGGGGAGGCUCUCAGCCAGGCUCUCCUGCACCCUCAGCGCCGCCCUGCCCAGCACUGCCCCCCGCCUCCCAGAGGCUCCUUGCACAAGCAGCGCAGACGGCUCCUCGCGACCCUGCAGCGACUGGAGGCUUCGAGCUGCACGGAGCCUCCUCAGAGCACCGGGCUCCUGUCGGGGGACAGCGAAUCUGAGUCUGACUCUGCGGACCGGGCAGGGAGGAAACAGCCCAGGAAACAGAGACGGGGCCUGAAACCCAGAGCUGCCUCCUCCCCCCGUAUCGCCCCAGGGGCUCCAAGCGGCUCCAGCGCUCCCCAGGCAGGGCCGGAGCCAGACCCAGCUGGCAGGAGACGGAGGAAAGAUUGUGCGGCAGAGGCCCCUGGGGACAAAGCAUGCAUGCCCAGCAAAGAGCUGCCGAGCCAGGAGACGAGCGCAGCCCCUGGGGGGCCUGGUCCAGUGCUGAGCAGGAAGCAGUGGAGGAACAAACAGAAGAAUAAAAGGCGACAGAAGAACAAGUUCAAAGUGGGCGUGGGGCUGGAUGUGGGGCAGAGCCUGGACGUGGGGCUGGAUGUGGGGCAGAGCCUGGGCGGGGGGCUGGAUGUGGGGCAGGGGACCUCGGCACUGCCCCCGUCAGAGCUCUCGGGGGCGCUGCGGGCCCGGAUGGAGGAGCGGCUCCAGUCAGCCCGUUUCCGCUACAUCAACCAGCAGCUCUACACGUCCAGCAGCCAGGAGGCAGCCCGGCUCUUCCAGCACGACCCUGCUGCCUUCGCCAUCUAUCACCGCGGCUUCGCCCGGCAGGUGGGGCGCUGGCCCGAGAAUCCAGUUCACCGCAUUAUCCAAUACCUGCAGGGGCGGCCGGCCUCGCUGGUGGUGGCAGAUUUUGGAUGCGGCGACUGCAAGAUUGCGACCAGCGUCAGGAACAAGGUUCACUCAUUCGACCUGGUGGCUCUGAGCCCACGUGUCACUGUGUGCGACAUGGCCAAGGUGCCGCUGGCAGACAAGUCUGUGGAUGUCGCCGUGUUCUGCCUGGCGCUGAUGGGCACCAAUCUGCGGGAGAUCCUGGAAGAGGCCAACCGGGUGCUGAGGCCAGGGGGCAUGCUGAAGGUGGCAGAGGUUGCCAGCCGCUUCGCAGACAUCCGGGCCUUUGUGAGUGCCGUGACUCAGCUGGGCUUUCAGAUUGUCUCCAAGGACCUGGACAAUCCGUUUUUCUACAUGUUUGAUUUCGCCAAGACGGGGCCCCCCCGGGCUGGGGGGAAGCUGCUGGGCCUGGCGCUGAGACCCUGCCUCUACAAGAAGCGCUGAGGGGCCCCUCAGCUGGUGUCUGCCCUGGGGGCCUGGCCC